AUGUUUAAGGAAUAUUUCCAGUACAAAGGAAUCAGCUUUCCUCAAAUCAUCUACUCAGAAAAAGUGCUGCAGAUGGUAGAAAACAAUUUCCAAGUUCGAGAUGAUGACAUUUUCAACGUCACCUACCAGAAAUCAGGGACCGUGUGGAUGUUGGAGAUCUUAAGUCUCAUCUGUAGCAACGGUGACCCUGGCUGGUGCAGAACAGUGCCCAACUGGGACCGGGCCCCGUGGUUUGAGACGGUGGUAGGAUACAGAACGGCUCUAACCAACAAGUCACCGCGCAUUAUUAGCUCCCACCUGCCAGCACAGCUUUUUGCAAAGUCCUUCUUCAAAUCCAAAGCCAAGAUCAUCUACACAGUUAGAAACCCCAAGGAUGUUUUAGUCUCCCUCUAUCACUUUGCCUCAAUGUUUCGCCCCUAUAAAGACCCUGGCACCUUGGAUCAAUUUCUCGAGGGCUUCCUAAAAGGAGAUGUGCCUUUUGGAUCUUGGUUUGACCAUGUUAAAGGCUGGAUGAACUUGAAGGACAAGGAAAACUUCUUCUUCAUCACAUACGAGGAGCUGCAACAGGACUUACGGGGAAGUGUUGUCCGCAUUAGCCAGUUCCUGGGCAAGGACUUGGACGACGCAGCCAUAGACGCCGUGGUGGCCAAUGCCUCCUUCGAGGCCAUGAAGAGCAAUAAGAUGUCUAACUUCUCCCUCUCGCCGCGCUUCCUCAUGAACCAGAAGAAGAGCGCUUUCCUCCGCAAAGGGAUCUCCGGUGACUGGAAGAACCACCUCACCCCUGCGCAGAGUGAACACUUUGACCAGAUCUACCAGGAGUGCACACGAGACCUGAGCGUCACAUUUCCAUGGGACAAAGAAUGA